GUCAAUCAAUCUGAGAUCCUCUCUUUCCUUUUUCUUAUCUAGGGGCCGGCGAUGACAUCGUUGUCACCGCCGAUGCAUGACCACCGUCGACGUUGCGAAACUGCUACUGCUACUCAUAUUUGUUUGGAUGUUAGGUCCGUGAUUUUCAGAUUCCUCGGCUCCUUCUUUGCAUCCUCCGGCAUCCAUCAGCAACAACGGUUUCGCGGGAAACCGGCAAGUAUGGACAGGCAGAAGUCUUUUAGCCGGGACAUAAGCCAUGCGGCCGCCGAGACUUAUCUUGUUACGCGACUUGCCUUUACUCUCCUCCGAUAUCUCGGGGUAGGCUACCGGUGGUACACAAGAUUACUUGCCCUUGCUUGUUAUGCUUUGCUUCUUAUGCCUGGUUUUCUUCAAGUUGCAUAUUAUUAUUUUUUCUCAAGUCAAGUGCGACGGAGUAUUGUUUAUGGAGAUCAACCAAGGAAUAGAUUGGAUCUAUACUUGCCAACAAAUAUUAAUGGCCCAAAGCCAGUUGUGGUAUUUGUGACAGGUGGAGCCUGGAUAAUUGGGUACAAGGCUUGGGGAUCACUUCUAGGACUGCAAUUGGCGGAAAGAGAUAUCAUUGUGGCAUGUAUUGAUUACAGGAACUUCCCCCAGGGAACCAUUAGUGACAUGGUGAAAGAUGUGUCUCAAGGGGUCUCAUUUGUUUGCAAUCUCAUUGCCAGAUAUGGAGGUGAUCCUAAUAGAAUCUAUUUAAUGGGGCAGUCAGCGGGGGCACAUAUUUCUUCUUGUGUUCUUUUGGAGCAAGCAAUCAAAGAAUCUAGAGGAGAAGACACUACAUGGAGUGUUUCCCAAAUCAAAGCAUAUUUUGCUUUAUCUGGAGGGUACAAUUUAUUCAAUUUGGUUGAUCAUUUCCACAAUCGAGGCCUCUAUCGUUCCAUCUUUUUAAGCAUCAUGGAAGGGGAAGAAUCCUUUGAACAAUUUUCUCCUGAAGUUAGAAUAAAAGAUCCACGCAAUAGAGAAGCUGCCUCUCUUCUUCCCCCUAUUAAACUUUUCCAUGGAACUUCAGAUUUAUCAAUACCAUCAGAUGCCAGUAUAAACUUUGUAGAAGCCCUUAAAGGGGUAGGGGCUGAGGCUGAAGUAAUUUUAUAUGAAGGGAAAUCCCAUACCGAUCUAUUUUUACAGGAUCCAUUACGAGGUGGAAAGGACGAUCUAUUUGAUCAUAUGGUUGCUGUGAUACAUGCGGGUGAUGAGGAAGCUCUUGCCAAGGAUGCGUUGGCACCUCCGAGAAGACGCCUUGUACCCGAGAUUUUGUUAAGGUUGGCUCAUCACAUCAGCCCAUUCUAACCCGUUUAUGUUUCUCAAUGCUUGAUCAUUAACAGCGCCUAUAAGCUAAUGCCUCAUGUUGUGUCUAAUUCUUUCUCCAUUGGUAUUCCUUGUGGCAUCCAUUGGGGGAUUCCUGUUAGAUAUAGUAGGAGCAAUAUUUUAUCAGCCUGCCGUAAGAAUAUAGUGCAUUUUGCUUCAAACUUGGGCAGCGUUUGGCGUCAUUUUUAAAAUCACCAGUGAUUUUAUUAUUUGGAUGAUGAUCUUAAUCACUUGUGGUUUGGAAUCGUUUUGUUUUUUUAUUAUUAUUAAUAAUCAUUGAUUAUUGGGGGUGUAAGAA